CCGCAGCGCGUCUCGUGCAGUUGUGAUUAAAUGUGGUGUGCGCGCUCGGGAGCCAUUCAUUUAACAAAAGUCACAUCUGAAAUAAACUUAAUCAAACCAAAAGGAGUGUUACGACUGGUAACUUCACAAGCUAACUGCCGCUGCUCCCUCUCAGUGGACGUUACUCGCUUACAGCCACGAUACAUGUCAAGUCAACCCAAGAGACUCUGCACUGGAAACAUGACCGUUACAAAGAUCGGCACUCACAACGGCACCUUCCACUGCGACGAAGUUCUGGCCUGUUUCUUCCUCCGGCAGCUACCUGAGUACAAGGAUGCUGAGAUCAUUCGGACCAGGGACCCGACCCAGCUGGCAGAGUGUGACAUUGUUGUAGACGUGGGAGGAGAGUUUGACCCAAAGAGGCAUCGCUAUGACCAUCAUCAGAGGACCUUCACAGACAGCUUCCACAGCCUGUGUCCAGAGAAGCCGUGGGUGACCAAGCUAAGCUCAGCCGGCCUGGUCUACCUGCACUUCGGCCGUCAGCUGCUGGCCCAGCUGACGCAGCUGAAGGAGGAUGAUAGGCAGCUGGAGGUGCUCUAUGACAAGCUGUACGAGAACUUUGUGGAGGAGGUGGAUGCCGUAGACAACGGCAUUUCACAGUGUGACGAGGAGGCCCGCUACACUGUCUCCACCACGCUGAGCGCACGUGUCGGCCACCUGAACCCACGCUGGAACAGCAAGAGUCAAGACACUGAGGAGGGUUUCAGAAAGGCUAUGAAGAUGGUUGGAGAGGAGUUCCUGGACCGCCUGGAGUACUACCAGUCCUCCUGGCUGCCGGCUCGAGCCGUGGUGGAGGAAGCUGUUAAGGGGAGGCAUCAGGUAGAUCCUAGUGGGGAGGUGGUGUUGUUCUCCCAGGGUGGGUGUCCCUGGAAGGAGCACCUGUUUGCCCUGGAGAAGGAGCUCCAGGUGGAGACGCCUAUCAAGUUUGUCCUUUACGCCGACCAGAAUGGACAGUGGAGGGUCCAGUGUGUCCCCGCUGGGCUCAACACCUUCCAGAACAGGCUGUCCCUGCUGGAGGAGUGGCGCGGCGUUCGUGACGAAGCACUGUCGGAGCUCAGCGGGAUUAAGGGCUGCGUCUUCGUCCACGCUGGAGGCUUUAUUGGCGGGAACAAGACCCAGGAAGGAGCCCUGGAGAUGGCCCGCAGGACCCUGCAGGCUGCCGCCCAGUCCCCCGCAAACGGAAGCAGCUGAAGGGUCAGAGAGGAGAGCCAGCAGCACAUUUUGUUCUCGGGGUCAGUCUUUAGAGAGGAUAGCAAGGAUUCUAAUAUUAUUGUGUUAGCUUGCAGCUUAUUGGUCCCAGCCAGGGCUAAUGUUGUUUUGUUCUGCCAUGCCAGGAUGGGGACGGUAUGGAAAUGGCAGCCAAGUAACCUUGGACCACUUCCCUAAAUACCUGUAUUCCAACACAGACUCACUCUGAAUCAUAAUGUUGACCCAUGUUUAUUCUUCUUCUACCUGCCUCUUCUUAUAAAUAUUGGUCUGUUUUGUCGCUCAUUUGCAAUAAAAGUCUUUUUGGAUGAUAUUCUUGCCUCUGGAAAACUUUCAGUUAAAUCCGGCAA